AUGAUGCGUGGUCCAAGAGAUCCUUCCCCAACAGAAAUGCAAAAAUCCCUUUCUUUGAGUGAACCGUCUUUCGAGCGACCUUUCUUUUACAACUGGAUCGACAAGAAGGAAUCUGCAGAAUCAGGCGAGACGUUCGUGUCGAGCGACCACAAGUACCCCCCUCGACGCAGAAGGCACCGCGCGUCUCGACCCCAUCUGCACUGGGACGAAAGUCCUUCACCCACACAUUUUCCAGCAUCCUCUCCUCAUAGAAGCAGAUCGGAAUGCAGCUUUUCGUCGAGGCAUCGUCCUUUAUCCAGCCGCGCCACGGACUCCGCACGCCCUUCUCUUCGCCUUCCGUCGACGGUUCGCGGAAUUUCAAAAGCUCGAUCCGCAUCUUCGGCGGGAUCUCUUAAGUUGCACCGACGCGCGUCCCAAAAAUCAACGAAUCAUCAUCGCAGCAGUUCUUUCGCUGCGGUCCCCUUCGGGCCAGUCGAUCUUGGGACGCUCAAUAAGUCAUCAGUUUACAAUCAAGCAUCCACAAACGGACAACGCAUUGAUGGAAGUUUCAACGACAAGAGUCACAAACCUCGACGUUACAACAGUUUUGCGAGCACAAGAAGAGGAGCCAGACCAAGACGACCAUCAAACGCGACACAGAAGCGCGACAGUGGCGAUAUUCCGUCGAAGAGCGGUCAAAGCAUUACAAUCGACCCUUCUCUUGUCGGACAGAGACGCUCCCCGUUGCGCUGCAAGUGGUUGUGGAGGAUUUUCUCCACCCGCUGCGAAGUUGCACCGCGAGUUCUGACGUCCUCUGAUGUCGACGACGCACUCGUUAUUCACGAGAAACAAGCGUUGCGGGAUGCACAAAUGGCAGAAUUGUCACCCGCACAGCGCGAGGCACGAAAACAGAUGGAGGCGGACUGGGAAUCAGACGAAGACGGAUCGUCGACGUCGGAGCCGGAACUCUUGCCAAGAAGGCGAGAAGGAUUUGCCACGUCACUAGGACGUGCCGUUCAACGUCAGCGCAACCGGUUGAAACGCAGGAGAAACAGAAUUCCAUCAACGAAGGACUCUACGGAACAUGCAAGAGCGACAAUGAAGGGAUCUCGAUUUUCUGAAGCACAGCCAUCAAUGAAAGAUGGAAACAAACCUCUCUCUUGGUGGCAACGAGAACGAGAUCUAGAUCAAGGAGAGAACCCAUAUUACAGACCUCGAGGUCACCAAUGGUCAGAUUGGAGCACCUAUGUGGUGGCUCUCACUGCCGCAUGGAUGGGAAUUCCAAACAUUUGCAAGUGA